AUGCAGCUCACCUGGUAUCUGGCGGCCGCCACAGCCGUCACCGUCGCUCAAGCUUCUCCGCAUCCCCCACACUGGCAACAACCAAUACAGGAGACAUCCCUCUCGGUCGCCCAGCCCGCUAGCCACGAUAAUGAGCUACCCACCAUCGAGGAUGUCAUCAGUGGCUCACCUCUUCUCUCGUUGCACAGAGAUCUUAUUCAAAUUGAGUCCAUCUCCGGGAACGAGCACGAUAUUGGCCUCUUCGUUACCCAGUUCCUCGAAUCCAAGAACUUCACGGUUGUGAAGCAGGAGGUCGCUCCCGUGAAGCAAAAGCAGACCGAUGAUGAUAAAACGACCCCCAAGCCACGCUACAAUAUCUAUGCCUACCCAUCCUCCCAUUCGGAGCCGCCCUCCAUCAUCCUCACCAGCCACAUAGACACCGUCCCGCCAUUCAUCCCGUACUCCACCAGCGAACCCAAAGCGCAGUACACUGGAUCCAACCUUGAAGAUAUCAUCAUUGCCGGUCGCGGCAGCGUCGACGCAAAGGCCAGCGUCGCAGCCCAGAUCUUCGCUACCCUUGAGACCCUCCACAAGAACCCCGAUGCGAAAGUCGGCCUUCUCUUCGUCGUCGGCGAAGAAAUCGGCGGAGACGGCAUGCAGGCCUUCUCCAAGUCCGAUCUGAAUAAGAACAGCGCCUACCACACACUCAUCUUCGGUGAGCCGACCGAAGCUGCCCUCGUCUCCGGCCACAAGGGUAUGCUGGGUUUCGAGAUUCUCGCACACGGCAAGGCCGCCCACUCGGGCUACCCUUGGCUCGGCCAAAGUGCCAUCUCGGCUAUUAUCCCAGCGCUGGCACGCGUCGAUAAACUCGGCGAUAUCCCCGUCAGCGAGGGCGGGCUUCCAUCGUCCCCUAAGUACGGCCGCACUACCCUUAACAUUGGCACUAUUCGUGCGGGUGUUGCGACUAACGUCGUUCCGGCUGAGGCUAGGGCCGAUGUUGCGGUGCGCCUUGCGGCUGGGACUGCGGAGGAGGCUCGCGAAAUUAUUCGUCGGGCUGUUGCGGAUGCUACCCGGGAUGUUGAAGCCGAGGUUGUCGUUGACUUUAGCGGCCACUCGGAAUCUUAUCCUCCUCAGGAUGCUGAUACGGAUGUUCCUGGCUUUAAGAUCAUCCCGGUCAACUAUGGUACCGAUCUGCCUAAUCUGAAGGUCAAGGAGGGCGUGAAGCGGUACUUGUAUGGACCGGGGAGCAUCUUCGUCGCGCAUGGUGAUAAUGAGGCUUUGACUGUUCGUGAUAUGCACGAUGCGGUCACUGGAUAUAAGAAGCUGAUUGAUGCUGCUUUGGAGCGGGAAUAG